GAAAAGGGGGAGGAGGGAGACGAGCGCCAAGGGGGCCUGUUAGGGAAGGCUAGGCCGCGCCGCGUAGGGCUCGUGCUUCAUCCAUGUCUCAGGAAGGAGCUGCCAAGCUGCGCCUCAAGCCCAGGAAGGCGCCGCCAGACCACAGCCGGGAACCCAGCCCUGCCCAGGAUCCCCCCGGGCGGCGCCAGACAUUGGCUGACAGAUGUUCCUGGUUUGAAAAAGAAGACUUAAGUGAGUGUGAAAAAACAUGGAUUUUACUACUGAAAGCUGUCAAUCAAGAUUUAAAAUACACAAAUUGGCAAACAGUGCCCAGUUUUCCAGAGUUCUUUGGAAAGAGUUCUGAGGAAGAGACUCUACGACAACCAGAAGUCUUUAAAACUGGAAUGAAAGACUUUCAGUGGAUAUCAUUCCCAUCUUUUCACAAGGAAAAACAUCUAAUACCAAAGGAUCUUAGCUCCUCUCAGCCAACAGAAAGCCAAACUGACCAUUUACUAAAAGGAUGCAGCCAAGCAGAUGAACCAAAAAGUCUGUCUUCUACAGCUGAGGAAACAUGCUGUGUAACUAUUAAAGAUCAAACCAAAAAUGUGGUUAGGGAGAACUCAAAAGGUAUUUCAAAACUGAAUGUAAAUCCUAAAUCAUAUAAACUCACGCAGCAUAAAUAUUCUACAUACCACUUGGCCUUGUCGCAAAACUCUGCAAAAACUCUUGGCUUUCAACAGUACUGCAGAGGGACUAUACAGAACAGCAAGGAAAACAGAAAAGAAAAGAACAGCAGCAUCCCCCAGUUACAAACAUAUCAAGGCAAUGUUUCAUUUCAUGAGGCCAGACCUAUGCCCGCAGAAAGGAACUCCCUUCUUGUCAGCAUGCCUGGAACUGAAAGCUGCAAGGAAAAGACUGAAGAUCAGAGUGAAGGAACUUUAACUCUUGACAGUUGUCCAAUGUGUCUGAUUCAGUUUAGUGGAACACUGUCACAAUUGGAUAUUGAUGGUCAUCUCGCUAGAUGCUUGUCUGAAAGUGCAGAUGAUGUAACGUGGUAAAUCCAGAGGAACGAAGAGCAAAGUCACAAGACCCAGGAUGAACCUUUCUCAAAGGAAAAGUGCGUCAAGGAAGUAUGUCCUUGUCUCAAAUUGCUUAAGGACUGCAAACCAAACCAACGCUUCCAGAAAGGAAAGUGAAAUAUCACCUGCCUGCAGUUUAUGGUCCUUUUAUUAUAAAUCCUCUCAAAUAUACAUAAAAUAGUUAUAGUUCUGAAAAUGGUGCUAUAAGAUGUCCCAGAGCCCUCCAUAGAAAUCACUCAGUAUUCCUGGAAUCUGGAUACCUCAGAAGAAUGCUUACUGUUCUAAGUCUCUGAGGAAUCUAUUUUGUCUCAUGCACCUUAGUUGUUCUGAAUCUAAAAGUGUAGAAGAAAGCAGUUUAACAGAAGACUACUAUUAAUUCAUCUAAUCCAAAAUUUUACUGAUCUCAUUUUCUUCCUCUCAACAGGUCAUUUGAGAAAAUGAAUUAAACCCACUCACUCUAGCCUUGCAUUUUUGAUGAGUUUAAUAUCUAAAUAAAACUUUGUACAGUCAAUUCUCUGAAUGUAUCUAUAUUAAAUAGCCCAGACCAAACAAAGGGUGGAUUUUUUUUCCUUUUUGAAGCAACACAGCUAGAUUAAUAUCUUUAAGUAUUUAGUCAAUACCCACUCCAUUAACAUGCCUAGUCUAAAGUAACUAGGCUCAAAAAAGCAACAUAGAAGUGAGAACACUUUUCCUGCCGGUUUCAUAAUACUGAAAUGCAACUUUAGAUUUAAUAUCGUCACUCGGCCAUAACAGGGUUGUUCCUUGUCCCUGCUCAAGUGGGAAAAACAGCUUAUGCUUUUCCCUUAGUAACCAGUGUUUCAGGGGAAAACAAAAACAAACAAAAAAACCUUAAAGUUUGUCUUGUCUGGACGAUAUCACAAGACUCAUCUACAAUUUUCAUAGCAUCUUAAUAGCAGCAGGUAAGCAUUUUGUAAGCUUGAGAAAUGCAGGCUUCCCCACCAUGGGCAAUAAAUGAUUUUUAGUGAUAGUUUAGUAACAGUAAAUGGAAGGAAGGAAAAAAGGAAAAAAAAAAAAAAGUAGGUUGUUCACUUGCCCAAAGUAUUCACUUGCCCAGUUUACUGAACAAGCUAGCUUAUUCAUGCAAUACAUUAAGUCUCAAGUCACAGCCUUAGAGUUCAAAUUAAUUUCUCUUCACAAAGCACUGUAUGCAAGAAUGUUACAGCUGUGCAUCUUUCAGCUAUUUUUAUAAUUGCUUUCCCAUAAAGUGAAAAGUGUAACUCAAAUUAAUAGACUAGAUUUCAGUAUUUGAAUGGUUUUCUAUCAUAAUAAACUGUGCCCUCAACUUCAAAAACAUACAGUUCAGAUGUGAUCCAAAACCACAGAAUAAACAUUGAAUACAGUAUCAAAAUACAGCAAGAAUUCUAUACUUUUUUUGUAAUGUACAAUGCAGUCUCUUUAAAAAGUACAAGCUGGACACAGCUCAGUUUACUGAUAAAUAAUAACAGUCAACUUUUUCAUUAAAGUCUUUAAUAGUUGUGCAAGAAUAUAAAUGAUCUUAACUGUUAUGGAUUAGUAUACCAUCUUCUGCACAAUUAAAACUGCUCAAAGAUCCCAACUAAUUAAUUAUACAAAACUACAAGAACAUAUUUACUGUUUUACAAUCAUUAAAUUAGCUAGAUUUUUCAUUUACUAUUUUCAAAUAAGACAACUAUAUAUCAUUACCAGAUCCAUUUGUAAUAUAUUAGGAUUUUUUUUUUCAAACACACAUUUAAUUACAUCCUUCAUCAUCUUUUAUUUAUAAAACAAGUACUUCUUAUAAAAAAUUUCCCCUUCUUCAUGAACAGAACAUUUUUCAUACACUUGCACAUGAGCAACCAAACUUUGUAACCAGAAACUAUUUGGCAACAUAGCAACAUUGUAAAUGCCUUAUAUUUUUAAAUAAAUCAAGUAUUCUUCAAAAUGCUUGUUUAGCAAAUACGUCUUUUUGUUUCUCCCUCCCUCCCAAACAAGAUGUUUUGGCCACCUAGAAACAAGGUUAAAAGAAAAACAAAUAACCCUCCACCCUUCCUUGUUUCUAUUUCUAAGUCCCAAGCCCCAGAACAUCAAAGGACAGUGUAAUCUCUGUAUUUCCAUUCAUGAGCUGACUGAUCUAACUAUUCAUUAGUUGUAUAACCAGGAGACCUGAUUAAACACUGAAAGAAAAGUUAUUCAGGGUACAGUAAGUACUUGCCAGGGAAAGGAAAAAUAAGAGUAAUUUAAAAUUUUCUGAUUACAUUUAAAAAGCAAAUAAUUCCUUUACUAGAUAACAAGGUAUCUAAUGUCCAGGAAUUUGAGCCAAGUAUUUCUUACUGGUUAAAUUAUUCAGUGCUGGUUGAAACACAUCUUGCUCAAUAUAAAAAGCUACAGUCCAACAGAGAGAAACCCACAACUUAAAUCUGAAUGGGAUUAAUAUAACUAAAUAACCACAGGUCUGCAUAAUUGUGGCUAAUAAGGAGAUACAAAAAUGUAGGUUGUUAAUCAAUGGUUAAUUUUAAACACAAUAUCUUGGCAGUCUCAUCCUAGCACCUCAUGACCUGGAUGUGAAUCCAAAAGAUGUCAUGUUCAGCACCUAAUGCAAUGCUCUACCCUGAGAAAACCAUAUGUUAAUGUAAAGAAAGUGAGAAUGUUACAAUUUAUCCUGCAUUUUACACCAAAUUAGGUAAGAAGUCAUGGCACAGGGUUUCCUCAUUUUUCCCUUCCACAUCUUUUUUCUAGACCUACAAGCCACACAAUAUAGUUCACCAGAAAACUAGCAAAGAGAAAUACUGCCUCUACUGCUAUUACCUGUAGAGGCAGGUAGAUCUUUACAAGCAUCUGAAAUUUUAGAUAGCAGUGCACACUUACUAGUCCUCAAAUGUAGUGACAUGAGUUUUUCCAAGUUGAUCAACUGUUAAACCUUUCUGAUGUAAUGUCCCCUUCCCCUCCCCCCCCCCCCAAGUUUCCAGGAGAAGGGAUUCAGUGGUUAUCUUCCUCUUUACACAAUUUUUCAGGUAUUCAGUGUUUCUUCCAAUAAAAAAAACUUACUACUUUGAUGCAAAACAUUUUACCAAAACAUCCCAUUCUCUUAUGUAGGAUGAUUAGUUAUUAAUAUACACUGAGUAUUUUCAAGCAGACAGUUUAUUAUAAGUAGGAGGUGUGCUUUAUCAGGAAAGUGGAUUUUAUGUUAUGGAUAUUCUAGAUGUACUAUUUAAACUUUAAGGCUAUCCUCUAUUAUGCUUUUGCCCUAUUUCUGAAUAUCUGCACUGUUGAUAAAAAUAUUUUUCAAAAAUCUAGUAUACAACAAAACAUCAUUGUAGGUGUAGGCACUGCUUAAGUAUUUCAGAAAUCCUUUGUGUGCAAAUUUAGUUUUUUUCAAUCUAUACCUUUUGGUAAAUUUGGAGCUUAAAACAACAGAUUCUGGAAUUGAUAUUGUAAAUUUUAAUUUGGAGAUAAUAUUGCUGAGUUACUCUCCAUUUCAAAUUCUAUAAAGAUGCAAAUGAACAUUAUGUUGCAGCUACGUACUGUAUGUUUCAUAUGUAAAUGGUUACUUAAUAUUAACAAGCAGAACUUACCCGGUUUAAGAACGUUCCAAAUAUGUAAUAAUUCUUCAAUGCAGUUUAUCCAUUUAGGCACUUGAAUCUUGUACCCAAAUUUAUGUUUUGAUUGCUAAUAAAACACAACUCCUUUUAAAUAUAUCUGAGACGUUUAGACAGGUACCACUUGUGAAAAAAGGCAUCAAAAAUAAGCUUCAACACCACUGUAAUACAUUUUAUUCUUCAGGAUGUUACACUUAAUAUUCUUCAAUUGGUAGCUCAUUGCAUCAAAUGUUUGUAGAAAGUGUGCAGAUCUCAAAGUCAUUCAGAAUCUCUUUUUCCAGGGAUGCAAUGAAUGUUUUGAUUCUUCAUGGAAUAGGCACAAAAUGCAAAUCCCUUCAUGAAUGAAGCCAGUUUUGUCAGUGCCCAGAACUUAAGAACCACUAUGUAGCGGAAGACACCCACCAAAAUCAUUAGUCUCCUCUUUGACUUUCAGCAGCAAUUUUUUAAAAAUCAUUGGUCUCCAUCCAAAAUCUUACAGUUUCCCAGCCUCGCAUGCAUAUACUGUAGUUAAGGAUAAAUUUAAAGGUCAUUCACAUUGUCCACACUGAAGAUGACGUUCCUUCAUACUGUUUCUUCUGUUGAUAGCAACAAUGGAUUAAUAUAUUCAAAUCCUUCAAAUUCUGACUGAUCUAUUCGUUUUAUUAUAUCUCUGAAAAAUAAAGAGAAAUACUGAUUUAGUGUUAUCAGUUAGAACUA